CACACACACACACACACUACACACACACUGCAAAAGCUGGAUUGCACCACAGAGUAAAAGAGUGUGCUCCCACGAUGGGUUUACGUCCACUGUGUGUGUGUGUGUGCGUUAUCUCUCCAUGGGGAGUAAUAUGCGUGUCGUAACCGCCGGGGAUCCUGGCUGGACUGAGAACGUUUAAACUGCGGAAGACACCUGUUAAAACCGAUUGGCUGACGACGUACUUCUCGAAAGGAGGACCUCAAUCAACUUUUUCUUUUGUUUCUCGAGCACUGAGGAGAUACCUGGCUACUUGACCUACAUGAUUGUAUCUCAAUUCAUCUGCGAUAUCGACCCGUAUCUGUUAUGAUCAGGACUAUAUUGCAAAGGCACUCAUUAGUCUGGAUCUGUUAUGAUCAAGACUGCAUUGCAUGGGCACUCAUUAGACAGGAACUCUCAGGAUUAAUGGCCAGGCUUAACUGGAGAUUCUGAGGGAUUGCCAUGUCGACGGUCGAAGCCGGGCACCCCAAUGGGGUGUACAGCUACUUCCUCAACAUGGUGGCCUACCAGAUAUGUUGCUGCUGUGGCCCCGCUCCCUGCUCGCUGUGCUGCGCCUUCUGUCCGCCUGUAAAAUCGUCCUCCAGCACACGGGUGAUGUACAUUCUGUUCCACAUCAUGGCCUGUACUGUCUCGUGCCUGAUGCUGUCACGGACGGUGUCUGAUACCAUGAGGGAGAAGGUGCCUUUCUUUAAUAUGGUGUGUGACGAGGCUCAUGGUGGCGGAGACUGUGAGAUGCUGGUGGGCUACUCAGCUGUGUACCGGGUUUGUUUCGGCACGGCCUGCUUCCACCUGAUGCUGGCGCUCUUCCUCAUCGACGUCAAGUCCAGCCAGGACUUCCGUGCCCUCAUCCACAACGGAUUUUGGUUUCUGAAGUUCAUCAUGCUUUUAGGAAUGUGUGCUGCUGCCUUCUUUAUUCCUACAGAGUCCUUCCUGCAUGCCUGGCACUAUGUAGGUGUGGUGGGAGGGUUUGCCUUCAUUCUUAUCCAGCUCAUCCUCAUCACAGCAUUCGCCCACACCUGGAACAAGAACUGGCUGACGGGGGCAGCGGAGGACAAGCGCUGGUACCUGGCAGUGAUGUGCGCCACACUCUUCUUCUACACCAUCGCCACCGCAGCCUUCACCUUCAUGUAUAAGUACUACACGCACCCGGCCGGCUGCCAGCUCAACAAGGGCCUGCUGUGGACCAACCUGGCGCUGUGUGGCAUCAUGAGUUUCAUCGCCCUCACGCCUUGCGUCCAGCAGAAGCGACCACGCUCAGGACUACUACAAGCAUCCAUCAUCAGCUGCUAUGUGAUGUACCUUACCUUCUCUGCCCUCUCCAGUCGACCACCUGAGAGAGUGGAGUACCAGGGCAUGAACAUCACUGUUUGCUACCCAAGCACGGGCCGUGGUGAGAUCCAGAAGGAGGGAAACGCAGUGGCCAUUAUUGGAGCAGCCAUAAUGUACUGCUGUGUGCUGUUUGCAUGUAAUGAGGCGUCCUACCUGGCUGAGGUGUUUGGCCCAUUCUGGAUGAUUAAAGUUUACCGCUAUGAGUUCCAGAAAUCAACCUGCUUCUUCUGCUGUCCUGAGGAAGAGGAGGCUGAGGAAGAGUUUAUUGUCGAUGAGGAGAACAAAGGCUGCCAGAAUGUGAUCCACAACGAGACACGCCGUGUGGCCUACAGCUACUUCUUCUUCCAUUUUGUCUUCUUCCUGGCGUCCCUCUACGUCAUGAUGACCCUCACCAACUGGUUCAGUUAUGAGACAGCGGUACUGGAGACCACCUUCACCCACGGCAGCUGGUCCACCUUCUGGGUGAAGAUGUCGUCGUGCUGGGCAUGUGUGUGCCUCUACCUCUGGCUCUUACUGGGGCCCCUGUGCCGCAGCCGAUCGGACCACAAGUCCCGGCCGCGGCGCUCACGCAUCAAAAGACGCGCCGCCUCCCACCGCCACGUCCAUGUGAGCGUCUGACAUCAGUUGUUGCCGAGCAACACUCGAAUGAGCUCACUGGAAUGGGCUCGUCCUGUCGAGGGUUAAACAUGAACUUGGUGAGAAAAGGACACGUCCCUCUGUGGCGAUCACCAAACUACACCCCUCGAUGACAGGACUGAAAAAACAAGCAAACGAACAAACAAGCGGAAAAAAAAAUGAAAGCAAAUCAGAAGAACAAACUUUUAAGACAUUCUGACCACGUUGGCUGUGUUAUCUCUUUGAAGGCUAAGAAAGUGGGAAUGUGUUUCAAAGAAUUGCCAAAAGGAUCAGCUGACAGUGAGUAGAAGAUCCCUCAUGUCUUCAAAGGAGACGCAAAGAACAGAGGGCCUGGUGGAUUUUUAGCGCUAAUUACGCAUUAGGAUUGUUAUAGCAUCGGAGUUAGCCGGAGACGUAAGCUGAUUAGAGGGGUGAGGUAUUGAGUCUGAUCUUUAGUUGACUUUCCAGCUCAGUUCACCUUUGAUAAGGGAUUAUCAGGGGCAGUAGCCGUUCUCUAUGAUCUGUGGCUCGAGCCAGACCACAAAACCCAGAGCAGAGGGAACCUGUGGUUCCAGGGAAGCUCACCAGUUCAGCCCCCAUCACCAACACUACUCCACAACACCAAC